AUGGCUAACCAUCCAGGCUUUGAAGAGAUCACCACUGUCGAGUACCAGAUCGGCACCACCAUCGACCAGACCCGACGGAACGGGGAUCUGGGCGACGUAGAUGUUAAAGGUCUAGUCGAUCCAGAGAUCAUUGCCGGCCUUUCGCGUUUUGCCAAGAGCUGGAACCUGGAAGAACUCCGCGUCGAGGGGUCCGAAAAACCGCUGCGUCAACACCCCGACACGAUCCAGCCAAUCUCUCUCGGAUCCAUCCAUGGCAAGGGCCAUUGGCAGUGGGAAGAAUUGGAUGAACUGGGGCGGGCCGGCACGGACAUCGACCAUCUCCACCUAGACCUGGGCCAGAUACUGCUUCGGGGCCCGGGCCCGCUCCUCGGCCAAAAGCUGCUGCUGGGGUCAGUGUACCCCGCCACCGACCGAGCGAAGGCAGAACUGGGGUUGGAGACGGCUUUGUAUGGCGCAGGAGGUUUACAGAUGCGGAACGCAGGGUGA